UGGACCCCGGCGGGGACAGGCUGUGACCCCCGAAGUGGGGCCGGGAGACCCCGCGGGGGCCGGGGCUCCUCCUGUGGGGGCUCCCCUUUCUCACUGARGGCCUGGGCACUAUCGCCGCCGCUGAUUGCCCGUGUCCUGGUGAACCCCCCCGCGCCGGACACCCCGSGGAAGCCCCCCGUCCCUCGGGGGAUCCCGGGUGGGUCUGUCUGUCCCCCUGAAUGAGAUGAGAUGCGGGCACUCGCCGGAGUCCCACGCCUAGAGCCCGGUGGGCGCAUGGCCCCUAUGCCGGUGUCUCCCAGGGUGUGUCCUGGUGCAUCYCAGCAAUGGGUUACCGAACCAUCCCUCACCUGCCAGGAGAUCCCGACGUGAAAUCUCUGAGAUUUUGGUGGGAUAUUGAGAAGAAAUUCUUCCUUGUAAGGGUGGUGAGGCCCUGGCACAGGUUGCCCAGAGAAGCUGUGGCUGCUCCUGGAUUCCUGGAAGUGUCUGGGGCCAGGUUGGACUGAGCUUGGAGCAACCUGGUSUAGUGGAAGGUGUCYCUGCCCAUGGCAAGGAGUGGGACAAGAUGAGUUCUCAGGUCCUCUCUCACCCAAACCAUUCCACAAUUCUGACACUGGCUUUCCCAGCAGCUUGUAGACCCCAAGCAUGAAGAGAUGAACCCCAGACCCACAGCAGUAACAAAACCACAUCUGUGUUUUCUGCACAGCCAUAGGAMGAUCCCUGGGAGUGCAGCUGCUCUGGGACUCCCUGUUAGGUCCUCCUGCAGCAUCACCAUACGUUGACACCCACUUAUGCUGGGAAGGAUCAUCCACAAACACGUUCCUGGUAGUGAGGGAUCAGAGAAUCCCAGGAUUGGAUCAGAGCAGCCCAGGGGUGGCUGGAAGCACUGCUAGCAAACAGGAGAAGCUCUGUGUUGGAAGUGCACCCUUGCCCAAACCCACCAUGGAGGAGAAAACCUCGCCGGGUUCAUGUGAGAGAUGGCGAAUGCCGCGGUGAGCGUUCCUGUGGGUGAUGUGGUGGUUGUACCAAGUGAAGGGAAUGAAGGGGAGAACCCGGAGGAUACCAAAACCCAAGUGAUCUUGCAGCUCCAGCCGGUACAGCAAGGGAUUUACCAAGAGGGCUCUGAGGCCAGUGCYGCUGUGGUGGCCGUGGAAACCCACACCAUUCACAAGCUGGAAGAAGGGAUUGACCCCAGCACCCUUGAAACGAGUGAGGAAAUCGAGAUCGCCUAUCCCAUCACCUGUGGGGAGAGCAAAGCCAUCCUUCUCUGGAAGAAGUUUGUCUGUCCAGGAAUUAAUGUCAAGUGUGUGAAGUUCAAUGACCAGCUGAUUAGCCCAAAGCAUUUUGUUCACCUGGCUGGGAAGUCUACCCUGAAGGAUUGGAAGAGAGCCAUUCGCCUUGGAGGAAUCAUGCUAAGGAAGAUGAUGGAUUCGGGGCAGAUUGACUUCUACCAACAUGACAAAGUUUGCACCAACACCUGUCGAAGCACCAAGUUUGAUCUCCUGAUCAGCAGUGCCAGAGCACCAGUGCCAGGGCAGCAGAGCAUGGUACAGACUCCAACCUCAGCUGAUGGGAGCAUCACCCAGAUUGCGCUGUCGGAGGAGAGUAUGGAGGAGGGGAUCGAGUGGAACUCGGCUCUGACAGCUGCUGUCACCAUGGCCACUGAGGAAGGCAUGAAAAAGGACAUGGAUGAGAUCUCAGAGGACACGCUGAUGUUCUGGAAAGGAAUAGCAGAUGUGGGGCUGAUGGAAGAGGUGGUGUGCAACAUCCAGAAGGAGAUAGAAGAAGUCCUAAGAGGUGUGCAGCAGCGACUGGGUCAGUCUCCCUUCCAGAUGACAGAUGCUGCAGUCCUGAACAAUGUUGCACACACAUUUGGCUUAAUGGACACAGUCAAGAAGGUUCUGGACAACAGGAAAAACCAGACAGAGCAAGGAGAGGAGCAGUUUCUUUACACACUGGCAGACCUGGAGCGGCAGCUGGAAGAGCAGAAGAAACUUGCCAAGGACCAGAAGGCCAAGUCCCAGACCAUCCAGAAUGUGGUACUGAUGCCAGUGAGCGCACCCAAGCCCCCCAAGAGACCCCGUCUGCAGCGCCCAGCCUCCGCCACCAUCCUCAGCCCCUCCACCCCCAUCCAGCAGCCUCAGUUCACYGUCAUCUCCCCCAUUGCCAUUGCGCCUGUUGGACAGCAGUUCUCAGUGGGCAAUAUCCCAGUAGCAACCCUCAGCCAAGGCUCCAGCCCAGUGACUGUUCAUACUUUGCCCUCUGGCUCCCAGCUCUUCAGAUACGCCACUGUGGUUUCAUCCUCCAAGACCAACUCGUCGGACACAGUCACACUGCAUCCGUCCUCCAGCCUGGCACUGCUGAGUUCAGCAGCCAUGCAGGACAGUGGGGCCCUGGCCAAUGUGGCGGCCAUGGUCAACCCUGUGGAACUGGUGGCCAUGGAGUCUGGCAUCACUUCCACCAUCCAAGCUGUGGAAGGCACCUCGGAUGAUGGGCAGACCAUCAUAGAGAUUGACCCUGCGCCGGAUCCUGAGGCAGACACAGACGAAUCGGAAGGCAAAGCUGUGAUCCUGGAGACAGAGCUGAGGACUGAGGAGAAAGUGGUGGGAGAUGUGGAAGACCAUCAGCACCAGGUCCAUAACGUGGAGAUUGUGGUCUUGGAAGACUAGUGGGGAAGGCUGACAUGAGUUUGGGGAAGAGUUGGGAAUUUGUUUUAUUUCAGGCUCUUUUGUUAAGCAUCCAGCCACCCCAUUUGUUACCAUGGACAUUUUCAUUGUACUGUACAUUUUAUAUAUAUAUAUAUACACACACACAUACACACACAGAUAUAUAUAUAUAUAAUUUUGUCUUUUAAAACAAAGCUGGAGAAACACGUGAGACAUGGAAAAGGCUCAGUCUCCGUGGAGCACUGAACAAUACCAGCUGUGGCAUGGUCAUGGAGAGACUGGAUCUCUGCUGAACAGCCCAACUGGGAGGAACUGGCCACCCCUUGGUGCUUCUCCUUUGGGCCUGCCCUGGUGCUGGAGACUUUAUUUGAAAGACAAUAACCAGUGGCUUGGGUAUGGAUAUGGCUGUGGGAAGAGGUGACAGAUUUGGGGUGGAACAGGUACCUCGUUUGUAUUUUUAUUUUCCCCAGGGAAGGGAAUUCUGUCACACCCUUCACUGUCACCUCAAAUGGAUUUUUUUUAUUAUUAUUCUUGCUUUGGGGAGGCUGACAGUACUUUGAAUUUACUGCCCAUGUUCUCUUCCUCCACACAAAUUGCUUUUAUAUCUCUAUUUUUUUGUAUUUGGUUGCUCUCUCCCUUCCCUUGUCCAGAUUACCCAGCUGCAAAGCCCUGGGACCWUCUCUCAGGGUGCCCAUAUCCCAAUCCCACCUUUUUCCAUGUCACUUUUCCCCCCAUCCCUUUCCCUGCCUGCCCAGGCUCGGUGCUGCAAACACCACUUGAAGACUCAGAUCACUUCAGCCUUUUGCAUAAAGGCAAAAAAUAUAAACUCAAGCUCAAACCCAGACCCUCCCCCUUGGCUGCUCAGCGCCACAGGGACCUUUUGGGGUGUACAAAGCAUGUUGUGCUGUUGCUUUCCRGGAGAGCCGGAUUUUGGUUUGGGACAGCUUCUGUUUACACUGUGUGCUGAGGCUGCUCCGUGCUUGUCGCUACUUGUUUGGUGGUUUUAUUUUUGUAUUAUUUUUUUCUUCUUUCUUCCUAUAAUCUCUUGGCAGGAUUAGAACUGGCACGUUGCUGAAAUACUGUGCACCCUGCUGUUUUCCCCCUUUUCCUCUUUUUUUUUCAGUGGUUGAUGAUCCAUCUGGGCUUUGCCACAGUGGGAAAAUGAAAGGGGUGAAGCUCUGGGUGCCUUUAGAGCUGCAGAGGUUUGGGAGGGCUGAKAGGGUGGGAGCUGCUUGGCUGGAAAUAUUAAGCAAAACAACAGCAAAGAAAACACACCUGGGGAGGGUG